UGAGUGGACUCCCCAAAGUCCCAAACCUCAAGCCUAACUAUAGAACUUCAAAACUCACUCUCUCUCUCUCUCUCUCAAAUCCCAAGGCAAACUAUAGAACUUCAACUCUCUCUCUCUCUCUCUCUCUCUCUCUGAGUUCUACUUUUGCAACAAGAAUGGAAGCUAGGAAUGAAUACAGAAAAGGGUUGUGGACAGUAGAGGAGGACAGAAUUCUAAUGGAUCACAUAAGGGUGCAUGGAAAAGGGAAGUGGAAUCGCAUAGCUAAAAUGACAGGUUUGAAGAGGUGUGGCAAAAGUUGCAGAUUAAGGUGGAUUAAUUAUCUAAGUCCUAGUGUAAAGCGUGGUGAUUUCUCAGAGGAAGAAGAAGACCUCAUAAUUCGGCUUCAUAACCUCAUUGGAAACAGGUGGUCUUUGAUUGCUGGGCGAGUACCUGGGAGAACGGACAAUCAAGUGAAGAACCAUUGGAACACUCAUUUGAGCAAAAAACUUGGAAUAAAAAAUAAAGGAAAAACUAAAGCCAAUGCUUCUUUACCUUCACUUUCUAGAAAAUUAGGGAAGAAUCCAAGUGUUCCCAUGGAGUCAAAUUCUGAGCCACCUUCGGAUUGUACUUGUGAGACUGGAGGCAAGACAAUGGUUGAAGAUGGCUCUCAAAGUACAUUCAAGUUUGCUAGCACACAAGAAAUCACAGAGGAUAACAACUGUGGCAGUUCUUUGUGGUUCUCUAAUGAUGAUUUAAAUCUACUUACUCCUUACUUAAUGGAGCCUCUAGAUGGAUAUUCUCUUGAUUUUGUUUUGGAUGGUUUGUAGUUAAACUUUCAUCCAUGUAGUCUCAAUGACAGUUUAAUAUUAAAUGGUAUGUUUGGGUUUA